GAGGACCUCAAGGACAAGCUGCUGCGCACGCUGGCAGACAUGGAGAACCUGCGGGAGCGCACGGCGCGCACCUCGGCAGAAACCAAGCAGUUUGCGGUGCAGGGCCUGGUGAAGAACCUGCUGGAGGUGGCCGACAACCUGGAGCGCGCGGCUGGCAGCGUGCCGCCCGAGGAUGUGCACCAGGACAGCGAGAUUGACCGGGACCGCGCGCUCAAGCUGCUGCGCAGCCUGCGGGAGGGGGUGCUGAUGACGGACACGGUGCUGAUGAAGGCAAGCAGGGCAGGGUGGGGGGGGGUGACUCGGUACGACCCACUGGGCGACAAGUUCGACCCCAACCUGCACAACGCGCUGUUUGAGGUGCCAGACGCAACCAAGGACCCGGGCACCGUGGCGGUGGUGGUCAAGAGGGGGUAUGAGCUGAACGAGCGGGUGGUGCGGGCGGCAGAGGUGGGCGUGAGC